AUGGAAAAUCAGAUUAAUCAAUCUAAAUCAAUAAAAAUAUUACUUUUCGGAGAUUGCUUGACAGGAAAGUCUUCCUUGCUAAUAAGAUACUUUUAGGAUAAGUUCUAUGAUUAUCCUAAUUACUAUGGGAUUGAAUUCUACCAAAAACUUUUAAAAAGAGGAAAAGAAGAAAUUAAAAUUUAAUUAUGGGAUUUCCAUUCAAAUGAAAGAAUGUACUACAUAAGCUAAUUUCUGUAUAGAACUUUUUCAUUUGUAAUAAUUUGUUAUGAUGUUACAAAUAGAAAAAGUUUUUAAAAAGCAUAUAAUUGGUAUUUGAACUUUAAGAAUAAUCAAAUCAAUAAUAAAUUGAUGGUUUUAUCUUUAAUUGGGAAUAAAUGCGAUUUGUAGGAAGAACUUAGAUAAGUUUCUUAUCAAGAGGGUUAAUAGCUUGCUUAAUCUUUGGGAAUGGUUUUCUUUGAAGCUUCAGCUAAAACCGGUUAUCAAGUAAAGGAAUUGUUUGAUUUUAUAAUUGAGUAGACUCUAAAUAUAAAUUGA